ACGGCAUUUCAUCACUAGUUGAGGAGAAGGCCUUUUCACUUUAUUGCGAGUGAACAAGAUUUUUAGAUUGGUGUCAGUUGGAGAAGAGGAAACUGCGAUUCAUUUCAUUGUAAAUUUGUUUGUAAUAGAGAGGAGACUGGAGAGGAUGCUGCAAUGUCUCUCUCUGCAAUUAUCGUCGUCGUCGUCACCCUCCCCAGCAGCAGCAGCGGCUCCGAAUGGCAAUACUCAUCCUCAUCCGCCUCCCCCGUCGCAAGGAGGAACGAGCUCUGAGGCAUCGCCCUCCGCCACUCUCACCCACGAGUACAACCGCGCCGUCCAAAGCCAAUCCUACAAUGAAAUUUGGUCCAAGGUUCAUCAGGUCCACGACCACCAACAUGAUCCUGGUCAUGAUGAGCUGCAGCUGGAGGAGGAGGACCACGACGAAUCGGAUAAUGAAGAGAGCCGCCACCGCCGGAGUCAGAGACAGCACCAGCUUCUGUUGGGGCGAGUGCUUCAGCCCAACCGAGAGUGCGUCCAAGAGGCGCUUCGCCUCUCCAAGCCCAACACCCUCACUCGCCUGGUCUCCGACUACUUCGACCAGAGCGAGAACACCACCCAAGCCUGCCUGCUGCUCCUCCACCGCAGCGUCUAUCGAGCACGCGAGCUCUAUGCUCCGCUCCACCAACUCCUCGACGCCGUCGUCCACUCUGACUCUGUGGAGUCGUCACUGAGCCUCAACCUCAGCCUCAGCCAGUCCCAGUGCCGUCGGGCCUUGGACGUCUUUCUUCAGUUCGACCUCAACGACAACCCCUUCCCUUCCCCUGACGACGCCGACUCCCCCAAUUUGGACAAAAUGCGCCGUUGCUUCUCCCAGCUCAAGCUCCAGCUAGACAGCCGCCUCCGCUCCUCCCGCUCCAAAAUCCGCCUCAUUCGCCGCGCCACUCUUGCCUCCGCCCUCUGCUUCAUUGGCACUGCCGUUGGAGUCGCUGUCUCUGCUGUGGCUGUCACAGUCCACGCUCUCACUGCCGCCCUCGUUGUUGUUGCAGCGCCGCCUUUGUGCUGCACUGCCACUAGCACUGGCUCUGGCUCUGGUAGAAGGAGCAGUUGUUGCAAUUGCAGCACCAUGACUACCACUGAGAAGAAGGAAAUUGCCAAUAUGAAGCAACUUGAUGCUGCUGCCAUGGGUACUUGUGUCCUCGACAAUGACCUUGCCACCAUUGACCGACUCGUUCGCCGCCUCCAUGCCGCAGUGGAGGGGGACAAGCUUCUGGUUCGCCUUGGAUUGGAUAGGGGAUCUGUCAGUGGCACUGCGGUCGACAAGCAUCCAAUUCAGGAGGUGCUGAAACAGCUGCACAAGAGCCACCCCAAUUUCCUGCAACUUGUGGACGAACUUGAGGAGCAUAUAUUCCUCUGCUUUAACACCGUCAACAGGUCCAGAUCGCGGCUUUUCCAGCACAUGUAUACACUUUAAUCUCUAUCUACUGAAUGAGGGCGGUAAGAUGCGUCAACUAGCCCACUCAGCAGCUGAUUCCCACCAAUAUAUCGUCAGCAAAUUACAAUCAGGGCUUGAGGCUUGGCUGAAUUCAAGUGUGUAUCAAGGUUAUCGUCUUGUUCUGAGUAAAUAUAUUCAUUUGCAUCUGCAUCAUCAAGUAUGAGCCUGCCUGCUUAUGUUCUGAAGUUGUAUUCUUGUGUUGAUUCUUAAGGAGUAAAGAUUUAGAACAAUCUCUAUACAGUCUAUGCUUGUUAGGUUUUGCCAUGUGCAUCCGGAGAUGUCCAUUGUUUAGUGUUUAUUCCAACUAAUGAGUCUUGUAUCAGCAAUCAUCAUUGCUUGUAUAAUCUCGUCUCGUUGUUCAUUUUAUUAUGGACUUGGACUCGUGGUGCUAUCUAUUAAAUGUUGAAUUGACGUUUUUGUUUAA